AUGCUCUCUCGUGUACUCUCUAAACCCUCAACUCUCCAUUUCAUAACCCUAAUUUCAUCCUCUCAUUCUCACUACAAACACCCCAAUCCUCCACUCAUCCAAAACCCUACCUCCUUCUCCACUUUAUUCUCACUCAACACCUGCUAUUUCUCCACCAAUCAUGGAAACAACAACAACAACAACCACAAAAACGGUGCCAAAACCUCCGAUUCCUGGAACAUUUCGUCGGAAAGCAUCGACGGAGAAGACAUCAAGAGGUCUUUUUUCAGUAUCGAGUCAAAGGAGAACGAUGAAGAACAUGAUGUUCUUGGAGUGACAGAGAGUGAGGGCAGAGUGGAAGGGUUUAAUGAGUGGAAAAUUGUAGGUGGAGAUGAGAAAGAUGGAUAUGAGAUUUUUGAUAGUGGAGAUGCAGGGCUUUCAGAAUUAGCUGGGAUUGAUGGAAACCUACACAUUUUAGAUGAAAAAGCAGAAACUUUGAAGAAAGAAGAAGAUAGAAAGUUGGAGAUUGAGGAGAAAGAUCUGUUAGAGGUGCUUAAAGGUGGAGAUCAUGCAUUUGGGGAUUUAAUUAGUGCAUCCGGUAUCACAGAUGAGAUGCUGGAUAGCUUGAUGGCACUAAAGGACCUAGAUGGAGUUCCCGGAUUGCCCCCACUGAACAUGAUUGAAGAGAUGCGUUAUGAAAAGAACACACACAAGUUAACUAGGGCUGACAUUGAGAGACAAAAACAAGAGGAAAUUGCCAAAUCACGGGUUAGGCAAGUUGAUAGUCAGGGUAGGGCAUAUGGCACUGGGAAAAGGAAAUGUAGUAUCGCACGUGUUUGGAUUGAACCCGGUGAGGGUAAAUUUGUCAUUAAUGACAAACAGUUUGAUGUCUAUUUCCCAAUGCUUGAUCAACGAGCUGCACUUCUUCGCCCUCUAUCAGAGACUAAAACAUUGGGUCUUCUUGAUGUUAAUUGUACUGUUAAAGGAGGUGGUAUUUCAGGUGAUUAA